AUGUCAAUCUCUUUGGCCGUCGGGCCCCUGCACUCAAUCAAAGAGAGACAACAAUUCUGUCUCUUUUCGCGGCAUUUGAUCGAGUCUGAAUUAGGCGUAGCUCCCCUUUUGAGGGCAGCGUUUCUAUCAGGAAGUAGUACGAUUCGACUUAGGCUUUCUAGACAAGUUACGGUGAACGGGCAUUUUUAUGGGUUUGGUAGCUGGGGAGAGUUGGUAGGGCAGCACACAGCAUGUGGUGGUUUUAGGGACGUGUGGGACCCGGUGGCCUUAGAGACGCUAUUGCGGAAGACUCGACGCGGAGGGAUAAUAGCUGUAAUGUUUCCUGAAGGAACACGGCAACAGUACAAAACUAAGCUACAAAUCCUCAAGUAUCUUGGCUGCAUCACAUUCUCUCAAUUCACAACACAACCUUUGGCAAAGCUCUAUCCUCACAACAGCAACAGACAGAAGCCUCUACCCGUCCGUCAUACAUCCACCAAAUGUCGCAACAAGUUCAACUACAUUCAAACCUCAACAUCGUUGAAUCAUUCCCUGAUCGCUACAGGAUACCUCCACCUCUUCUACAUGAUCGUUCGUUUACCAGUCCAAACUCGAUCGAAUGGGGGAAAAAAAAAAGGAAAUUGUUCAUGCCACGUGCCGUACUCCCGUGCUGAAGAGACGGAUAGGGCUAACGAUCGUAUUACGGCAAUGAACGACCCGCCGGUAUGGGAUAUUCGGAGGCGAAGCGAGGGAAGAUUGAUUUGGGAUGUAGAAUGUAGACAUGAGACAACUUUGGAGAAAACUAUUGCAUAUGCCGCACCCGCUGAUUUGCAGGCGGCAAGAGGAGAAUGGUCAGGUUGUUGUGAUCAGGAUAUGAAGACUAUGACAUGCAGUGCGGUUCUAUCAAAGGGGUAUAUAUAUGUCUUCGAACCUCAGCAGGUCCUGUACCAACUCCCAUCCUUAUCCGUCCCUAGCAGUCGCUCUUGCGAUGUCGAUAUUAAUAGCCCCAACAUCCGCUUUCCUAAUUUCGGUGCGAUGAGACCCGAUGAGGAGGUUGUAGGUAUAUUGCGCGCAUUUCCUUGUCUGAUCCCGUGCUUCUACCCCAGGAUGCCAUAUUGA